AUGCUCUUUUCACACCUAUCCUUCCUCCUCGGCCUCGCCGGUGCCGCCGCGCUCACCUACCCCGAUCCUGCGCGCUGCACCGCACCCGUGGUCCGCCGCGAGUGGCGCGAUCUCAGCGAGGAGAACCGCCAGAGCUACAUCGACGCGGUCCUGUGCCUGAAGACCAAGCCGUCCAAGAUCGAUCUGCCGACUUCGCUGUACGACGAUUUCCCCUUCGUGCAUCAGAAGUACAACGAAAUCAUCCACGGCAUCGCCACGUUCUUGCCGUGGCAUCGUUACUUCACCGUCGUGUAUGAGAAUGCUCUGCACGAAUGCGGUUACGAGGGUUCCGUCCCGUACUGGGAUUGGACGCGGGACCCCAUGGAAUUCUACAAAUCCCCCGUCUUUGCGGACCAGUUCGGCUUCGGGUAUGACGGGUCGGACAACAAGACGGAGACGCUGGCAGACGGCCGGUUGCUGCGAUGCGUGACCGCCGGGCCGUUCAAGGAUCUGCGGCCCUCGUACAUCGCCGUGUCGUUGAAGGAGUUGGUGGAGGAAGAGCAUUGCCUAUUCCGCAAUCUCGUGGACGGCGACAACGAAGCCUCUGCCCGGGCGGCUGAGUACUUCAACAGCACCGCCAUCGCCGCCGUGCAGACCGAGACGACCUACGAGGACUACCGCUGGAAGCUCGAAGGGGGUCCUCACGGCAUUAUCCAUUCUUCCAUCGGCGGAGAUAUGACGCCGACCACGUCCCCGAACGAGCCCUUGUUCUUCUUACACCAUGCCCAGAUCGAUCGCAUCUGGUCUCAGUGGCAGGACAUGGAUAUCGAGGCGCGCGAGUACGAUUAUGCCGGUCCGACUAUUCACGCCGGCAAGCCUCGAUGA